GAAGUUUCAUUCCGCCGCGCGGAGCAGAAACCGAGCGCAGCAGCGACCCGUCAGAGCGCGCGCAGGACGGCCGGACCGUUUCCGCUGGCUGUAAGGAUCUGUACGGGUCUCCUCCAGCUCCUCUGCUGCGCGGUGGAUGAAGAGAGGACGAGGUGCUGGUCGCUCUAAACAUGCCAAGGUCUUUCCUGGUGAAGAAGGUGAAGCUCGAUGAUUUCUCCUCCGCAGAUUUGGACAGCGCGUACGGCCGGUCCCGCAGCAGCGAUCUCAGCCUACGGAUCCACGAGAAAGGUUACAUCAGAGAUUACAUCACUCCAACGGUCUACGAUGGGGACAGUGACAGUGCGGUUAAGGUGCCCUCGCCGGGGCCGCUCUACGACGGCCUGCGCAGCGACUACGGUGGCCGUGACUCGGACAGUCAGCCGGACAGCCCGCAGUCUGCGCUCACCGGCGGCUACAUCAACGGGGACGCGGCGGUGAGCGAGGGCUACGCGGCGGACGCCUUCUUUAUCACGGACGGGCGGUCGCGGCGGCGCGCGUCUGGAGGGGCGCGGGUGCCUCAGCGUCACGCGUGCGGAGAGUGCGGCAAGACGUACGCCACGUCCUCCAACCUGAGCCGCCACAAGCAAACGCACCGCAGCCUGGACAGCCAGCUGGCCAAGAAGUGCCCGACGUGCGGCAAGACGUACGUGUCCAUGCCGGCCAUGGCCAUGCACCUGCUGACGCACGACCUCAAGCACAAGUGCGACGUGUGCGGCAAGGCGUUCAGCCGCCCGUGGCUGCUGCAGGGCCACAUGCGCUCGCACACGGGCGAGAAGCCGUUCGCGUGCGCGCACUGCGGCAAAGCCUUCGCCGACCGCUCCAACCUGCGCGCGCACAUGCAGACGCACUCGGCCUUCAAGCACUUCAGGUGCAAACGGUGCAGCAAGACGUUCGCGCUCAAGUCCUACCUGAACAAGCACUACGAGUCCGCGUGCUUCAAAGGCGCCUUCUCGGCGCUCGAGGCCUGAAGCGACUCGCGCACUGACGGACUGCGCUUUCUGGGCUCCACGUGACUGACAGUGGUGAUGAUAGUGGUGGGGCUCUGUGCAGAGUUCCAGCUCGAGCAGAACUAACCUUCUGGAAACCACACAAAGUAGCACAAGAAGUUUUGUUGGCGAGUCUGAGGGGGUUUCAGUGACUCUCCCACUCCUCAGCGCGCCCCCACAGCCCUGUGUCCUCAAACGACGUCCUGACCAUGGCGCACGCGCGCGCUCUCAUAGGAUUUGGUAGGCACGGUUCGAGCGACGCACAGUGCUGAUCAAUAAUAAUAACUUCCAACUUCCAACCUUUCAGUUUCUUUUUCAUAUCACUGGAUAUAUAUACUGUCAUACUGCUGCAAGUGACCCACCCCCACAAGUAUUCACAAUAUAGAGGUAAACAUUUUUCUAAAAACACAUUAAUUCAUGUAUUUAUUUAAGUUAUUUAUUAUUUUUUUCAUCUUUAUUUAUUUAUUUAUUUAUUUAUGUUAAUACACAAGUAUUUUUGUCCUUUCAUGAAAGGCAGAUGUUUGUACAUUUUUCUGUACGUUUAAUUUAACGAUUUUCUACUUUACUUUUCAGUUUUUUUGUUGCUUUAUUUGAUUUCCGUCAGUCUUAUUAACAUGCCAAAGCAUACAUGAAAGUCCAUGAAAAUGAUUUUCCACUUCUUUGAUUUUAUAUGCCUAUGUAAUGCAUGCAAAAAAUGAAUCUAUGCCAAUAGCAUAAAAGCUUAUCAUUUUGCCAAAACCUAGAUAGAAUCAACGGGCAAUAUUUCUUGGGAUUCUUGUGAGGAUAUAUACAGCAAUAAUCACGUAAUGCAUGGUAUUUUUGGAAAGAAAAAAAAAAGAAAGAAUUAUAAUGAACUAUUACCUAUAGCAGCUUUUUCUAAAAUCAGGUAUGUUUUGAUCUCUUAAUAAUCAAAUGGACAAAAAAAAGAAAUACCACAUCAGGGAAAAUGCCAGUGUAGAGUUAGCCAGUCGCCAAGACUUAAAAAUAAAAGUAUAAACCACUUUUUCCUUCGCUCUGUUGUUAUGCACUGCCUGCCUCUAAUUUAAACGUAGUUUUUAGGAAGUAGGCUGGAAGUGCUGUAAAUCUGCUCUAAGCAGUUCAGAAUCAUUCUCCAAAUCUCUGGAACACCAGGCCUGGAGAACUAAAGGCUCUUCUAUAGUUCACUCAGAGGGAUGAGGAAGAUUGCCAGAAAGCAGGGAAGACAAACGUCUGCACAGCUGGGCUGUAAACCACUUGCACUGCACUUCGGGCUCGGAUUAAAGCAAGACUCCUCCGUUUCUCCGGCCUGGGUGUCCCUCAGAUUUCUGCUGAAAGCACUUCAUUUUAGAGACUCUUAAAAAGUAGCACAAAAACCCUAGAUUCAGGUAGAGAUUACUGUUCUAGAUUGACCUUAGUUUUUGUAUCAUAAAUGAGGAAUAUCUAAGCUCAGUUUAAAGAGGCGAUGUAGCCUAAAUGUAAAUACUCAUUUGAAGAGAAGAACCUUUUUACAACUGUAGACGAGUCCGCUCCGACUCCUUGAUCAGGAGAUUUCUGAAUCAAAUAUAAAAUGUCCUGCGGUUUUUGAGCCAGUCUUCAACCGAUGUAAAAGCACAAGGCACCAGGCAUUUUGUGGCACUUCAUAAUAAAGAUGAAGUAAACAAA